GGCCCAGGGAAGGAGAGGUACUCAGAGGCAGGACUGUCCCUAGGCAAAAUCAUGAAGCUGGCAUGGCUCUGACCUAUGACCCCACAGCCGCCAUACAGAAUGGAUUUUAUUCUUCACCGUACAGUAUUGCAACCAACCGCAUGAUUCCACAGACAUCUAUCACGCCAUUCAUUGCUGCUUCCCCUGUCUCCACAUACCAGGUCCAGAGUACUUCAUGGAUGCCUCAUCCGCCAUACGUUAUGCAACCAACAGGUGCUGUGAUUACGCCAACAAUGGACCAUCCUAUGUCGAUGCAGCCAACAAACAUGAUGGGUCCCCUGACACAACAGAUGAAUCAUCUUUCAUUGGGCACAACAGGAACGAUUCAGUCCCAAGACAGGAUUAUGAUACUCCACCAGCUGUUGUGUCAGUAUAUGACUGCUGCCGCGCCUAUGCAAGGGACCUACCUUCCCCAGUACACGCCUGUGCCUCCGACAGCUGUUUCUAUUGAAGGUGUUGUUGCUGAUACCUCUCCCCAGACAGUGGCACCUUCAUCCCAGGACACCAGUGGUCAGCAGCAACAGAUAGCAGUGGACACAUCCAACGAACAUGCACCUGCAUAUUCUUACCAACAGUCUAAACCAUAAACAAGACUGAAGAAUGUCCUUCUGAAACUUUGCCUUGAACGAAGAAACUUCAUUGAACAGGAAGUUGGCUUCCAGUUUGCACAGGCGUCGAUGGAAUGCUUUUUUUUUUUUUUAAUUUUCUACUCUACCCAGUGAAAACAAAGUGUUUUUAUGUGCUGUGCAAAUGGUUCCUUCAUGUGGUCUGACAGUUUACUUUCGCCAUCGUUUUUUUUUAAAGAAAAAAUCCCAGAAGAGGAAACAAACAAACAAAACCAACAACAAAACAAAACACAGAAAGUUGACAUUAUAUUUGGAAGAACAUUUGAAUUCAGAAUUUACCAGAAGAUGUAGACAGAUUUUUUUUUUUUAACAGAAAAUCAGAUGUCAAGAGGUGGGCAAAGCAGAAAUGGAAACAAAUUGUCUUCCUCAGUAAUUAAGCUACUCUUUCUUUUCCCCCUUUUGUUUAAAUCUAGUGGGUUGUUUUUUAUUUUAUUUUUUUCUUAGAAAUAUUUAGGUAAGGUUUAUCUUGAAUCUUAAUUGCCUUAAUUUUAAGGACGUCAAAGGCUCUCGAGGCAAGCUGUCAACGUCUUGUUAAAAAAAAUUCAAGAAAGAAUUGAAAUAUUGUGCCGGCUUUAACUGGUACAGAAGUUUAAGACUAUGAGUUUUUAGGGUGAAAAAAAACUGUACAGUUUAAAAGAAAAUGUUUUUUCUUCAUUUGAAGAAAAUUUGUUGAUAAAAGAAACCAUGGCAACUGCAAGAAUUGGGAAAAUGCUGGGACUUUUCAUGAACUUUGUCUUAAGUGUUGAAUCAUUCUAGAAGGCUAAAACAUUUUACGGUAAAGUUAUUAAUGUUGGUUUAAAAACAACUGCAUUAGAAAUAAUGCGUGUUUGGGGGCAGAAUGCAGAUUUUUUUUAUUUACGAAGCGUGAUCGCUAGCAAAAGCAUUAGUGCUUUUUAUCUGCAGUCUUUUUUAUGAGCUUUACAAAGUUUUUAGUCAGCUUUGCUUGUCACAUUGCAAAACCUAGCUUAAGAGCAUUAAAAAAAAAAACUUAAGUAGAUAGGAGCUUAUGGUCAAAAAGUGC